UUCCAUUUUUUUUAAUCAGUCUCCUUUCUGAUAAGUUUGUGCUUUUUUCAGUUCGCCUUGAACUGUCUGCAGGCAUUUCUCAUUUUCUCCAGCACAUUAAGAAAGAUGGUCAGCCUCACGGUUUCUCCCUUACAGUAUAUUUAUUUCUCAAAGAUGUUGUCUUUGGAGUGAAUCGUUGCUAUUUGAUCGACGUGAAACGCACGUUCCUGUCCACAAACUCCACCUUCUGUGAAAAGUUCUGAGUUUCAACCUGCUCUGUCUCUCUCCACCUUGUGCAAUUUUUCCCCGCCCUUCAUCGGCUGCCGCACCUCUUCCGCCAACCUUCCUGCCUCUGUGUCAAGUGGACGCACUCCUAAACAGGAGGAGGAGGAGGUCAGGUUAUGUUAUGUGAUAGCAUUCAUCUGAUUUAAUUUCGCUGCUGCAUCCCUUACUACAAUCAAGACAUGGAGUGACUCAUUGUGUCUGUGUGAGGACACCGUGGGGAUGUUAGUGGACUAAUAUAAAGUCAAAGCAGGGAUGAAGAUGACGGGCCACACGCCUGAGAGAGAUCGGUCGCCCCACACCCUGUCAGUCAAGCCCAGUUUGGAGGAGGAGAUUGAGAGGGCCGAGAGUAUUCUAAGCAGGGUUCCAUCCAUCUGCGACGACAUGUCCUCGGAGCUCCAAAGGGUCGCUGCUCUCGACCCUCGUGGCGACAACUCCAGAAACUCUUUUCAAAGGCACGGAGCAGUCUCGAGAUUGGUCAGCCUGGUGGUGAGACUGCGAGAAUGGGCUCACAGGAGCUUGAUCCAGGAGCAGGAGAGACCGGACUCCUUCCUGGAACGCUUCAGAGGGCCGGAGCUGCGAAACGCCCCCAGCCGCACAAGCAACAUGCAAACGGAUGCCAAUGGCAAUCAUGCAAAAGGGGUCCUGAGGAAAAAAUGGGACGUUUUUGUGGUGUCUCCAUCCGACGACGCCUACUACCGCUGGCUAUUCGUCAUCGCUGCAGCGGUGCUCUACAACUGGUUCCUUGUCGUGGCCAGGGCAUGUUUUGAUAGAUUGCAGGUGGCCAAUUACAUCUGCUGGCUGGUGCUGGACUACCUCUCUGACAUGGUGUACAUCAUGGACACGUGUGUACGGCUUCGCACAGGCUUCCUGGAGCAAGGCCUAUUGGUGAAGGACCACGCCAAGCUCAGGGACGGCUAUGUGCGAACGUUACAAUUCAAGCUGGACGUGGUGUCCAUCCUGCCCACCGACCUGGCCUACUUCUCCACCGGCAUCCACACGCCUCAGCUGAGGUUCAACCGCCUGCUGCGCUUCCCGCGGAUGUUCGAGUUCUUCGACCGCACCGAGACACGCACCGACUACCCCAACAUCUUCCGCAUCUGCAACUUGGUGCUCUACAUUCUGGUCAUCAUUCACUGGAAUGCCUGCAUCUAUUAUGCCAUAUCCAAGUCUUUAGGGUUGGGCUCAGACACUUGGGUGUUCCCAAACAUCUCCAAAACGGAGUAUUCCUCUCUAACUCAGAGUUACGUUUACUGUCUGUACUGGUCCACGCUCACCCUCACCACUAUCGGAGAGAUGCCGGCACCGGUGCGAGAUGAAGAGUACCUUUUUGUGGUGUUUGAUUUCCUCGUCGGAGUCCUGAUCUUUGCCACGAUUGUAGGAAACGUCGGUUCGAUGAUAGCCAACAUGAACGCCACCCGUGCCGAGUUCCAGGCCCGGAUCGACGCCGUCAAGCAUUACAUGCACUUCCGCAAAGUCAGCAGGGAACUGGAGACUCGCGUCAUCAAGUGGUUCGACUACCUCUGGACCAACAAGAAAGCUGUGGACGAGCAAGAGGUGCUCAAGAAUCUCCCCAACAAACUGCGAGCCGAGAUCGCUAUCAACGUCCACCUGGAGACCUUGAAGAAAGUACGUAUCUUUCAAGACUGCGAGGCGGGACUGCUGGUGGAGCUCGUGCUCAAAUUACGCCCCCAGGUCUUCAGUCCGGGAGACUACAUCUGCAGGAAAGGUGACAUCGGGAAGGAGAUGUACAUCAUCAAAGAGGGCAAGCUGGCCGUGGUGGGAGACGACGGGGUGACGCAAUACGCUCUCCUCAUCGCCGGAAGCUGCUUUGGAGAAAUCAGCAUUUUGAAUAUAAAAGGGAGCAAAAUGGGCAACCGUCGGACCGCCAACAUCCGCAGCCUGGGAUACUCGGAUCUGUUCUGCCUCUCAAAGGACGACUUGAUGGAAGCCGUGACGGAGUAUCCGGACGCUAGGACGCUUCUGGAGGAGAGGGGCCGCGAGAUCUUGAUCAAGGAGGGUAUGCUGGAGCACGACGCCGAGAGCGGCGGCCUGCAGAGGGAAGACACGGAAGAGAAGGUGGAGAGGCUGGAGGCUUCCCUGGACAGUCUCCAGACUCGCUUUUCGCGCCUGCUCAACGAGUACGUGCACACUCAGCAGAGGCUGAAGCAACGCAUCACACUGCUGGAGCGGCGGAUGAAUCGGACGGACUGCGGGGCAGAGGCGAGCCAUGACAGUGAUGCAAAACCUCCGCCCUCCCUCCACGCAGAUGACGCUUCUCUUCGGAAUACGCUGGUACCUUGACUUACCAGUGCCCUAACCGACGGGUUUUCAGAGUUAUGACCCGUUACUUGGUCAACGAGGCAAUUGAGGUACUCUAACGCCCUUACAAGUGGGCAAGGGGAGACAACGUUUCGUUGCGCUUUCAACAAUUUUUUGGACAAGACAGCCAAACACGCACUCGAGUGAGUUUGCAGAAACAAACCAGCAUUUUUCAAUGUGCGCAACUACAAAUUGAGAGCACUCGCAAGGAGCUGCUCUAAUUGCAACUCACGAGCAGACUGACUCAAUCUCCUGAUGUUUGUCACUAGGCCACGCCCCUCAAGGCACAUACGAAUACAUCACUACAAUAUGUACAGAAAUGAUACUUUACCAAGAUAGCCUUUUGUUUUUAAAUAAAUUGUUGUUUGACUUUG